AUGUGUUCUCUGAUUCUCCAUGGAAGAAGGUCCAUUGCGUUGCAGAAAUGGUUUAGUUUGAGAUUUGAAGUGAACCUUUUGCAAAAUGACUCUGCUUUUUCAGUUUCGUUUUCCUCUGCUAGUGCUGGAGAUGUGAGCUCUCUUCAAGAUAGUCGAAAAGGUCAGAACUUUACAGUCUCUUACCUCGUUGAUUCACUGGGUUUAGCUUCAAAACUCGCAGAAUCAAUCUCAAAGAAAGUCACUUUCGAGAACAAGGCAAAUCCAGAUUCUGUUCUGAAUCUUCUCAGAAGCCAUGGAUUCAAAGAUUCUCAGAUCUCCGACAUCGUCACAGAUUAUCCACUAUUGCUUAUAGAAGAUGCUGAGAAAUCUCUUGCUCCCAAGCUUCAGUUUUUGCAGUCAAGAGGAGCUUCAAGCUCUGAGCUCACUGAGAUUGUUACCAAAGUUCCUAAAAUCUUGGGGAAAAGAGAAGGCAGAUCCAUCAGCGUAUACUACGAUUUCGUCAAAGACGUUGUAGAAGCUGAUAAGAGCUCCGGAGAGUAUGAAAAGUCGUGUCAUUUAUGGCCAGAAGGUAUGCGAGCGAACAAAAUCCGAAACGUUUUGGCUUUGAGAGACUUGGGAAUGCCUCAGAAGCUUUUGUUCCCUUUGCUUAUAUCAGAAAGCCAACCAAUCUGUGGGAGAGAACAUUUCGAUGCAUCACUCAAGAAGGUUGUUGAGAUGGGUUUUGAUCCCACAACAGGGAAGUUUGUGCAAGCUCUUAAAGUGUUUUACAGGUUGAGUGACAGAACAAUAGAAGAGAAAGUUAGUAUCAUCUGUGAAAGGUUAAGCUUUUCUGUGGGAGAUGUGUGGGAGAUUUUUAAGAAGUGUCCAGUGUUUCUUGCACUCUCGGAGCAGAAGAUGGAGAGCUCCAUUGAGACAUAUCUAGGAUUGGGAUUCAGCGAAGACGAGUUCAAGACAAUGCUCAAACGAUGUCCUUCGUGUCUCAAUCUGUCUGCAGAGACGGUGAAGAAGAAGACUGAGUUUCUUGUGAAGCAGAUGAAUUGGCCGUUAAAGUCUGUGGCUUUGUUCCCUCAUGCGCUUGGAUUCAGCAUGGAGAAGAGGAUUGUGCCGAGGUGUAACGUAGUCAAAGGGUUGCGAGGAAACAGAGGAAGCAAACUACCUUCAAUGGAAUAUGUUCUGAAGGUUGGCGAUGAAGCUUUCUUGAACAAGUAUGUGAUGAGGCACGGUGACAAGGAGCUUGUGGCUGAGCUGUUGGCUAUCUUCACCAGAGAUCAUGCUUCAUAG